AUGGUUGUCAUAUUCGCGUUAUGCUGGAUUCCGUUCAACGUCCUCAACCUCCUUCGUGACUUACAGCCUGGAUCGAUUGAUACGAAGUCGUAUUUCAUUUUUCUUUUCAUCCUGGCUCAUCUGAUUUCUAUGAGCGCCACUGGAUGGAACCCUAUUCUUUACGCGUGGAUGAACGAAAACUUCCGGCGGGAGUUCAAAUUCGUAUUACCAUGUUUCAGAACCGUCCCAAAGCGGACCACCGUCUGCAGGUCUACAUUUCGGGACAGCGAAGCGCCUCACGACGAGGAAACACCUCUAAGAAAUGCCAAGGACAAUGAGUACAAUAAGUCGAAUGCCCUCACACGAAACUUUUCAGACGGUGGUAACCAGCAUAAGGUGGCCGAAAACGAGAAAAACAGCAAAUUCGUGGACGUCGCCGAGUCUGUGGGACAUAUCCUGGCCAAUAGCGCCAUUGAGGAUCAGCGAGACCAUCGUUUUGACUUGUAG